AGUAGCAUUGACCUGUAGCCACCGUCGCAUCGACGCUUGCAGCAUGGCCUCCAACGGCGUCAAAGCAGGUGUUGACAUGAUGGCUGGCAUGGAGAAGCAGGACAGGGUUCUGGUCAUCGACUUCGGCUCGCAGGUGAGCCACCUGAUCUGCCGCCGCGUGCGUGAAGCCGGGGUCUACUGCGAGUUGAGGUCCUGCCUGCUCCAACUCUCGGACGUGACUUCCUUCCACCCUCAGGGGAUUAUCCUUAGUGGCGGCCCUCACUCGGUCUAUGACAAGGAUGCGCCUCACCUUAGCAAGGAGAUCUGGGACUACAUCAACGAGAAGAAGCUGCCUGUCUUCGGCAUUUGCUACGGCCUGCAGGAGAUGUGCCAAACCCUCGGCGGAAAGGUGGAGGCCGGCACCAAGCGGGAGUUCGGACACGCGGAGCUGCUCAUUAGGGAAGAUGUGGCCCACCUCACGGCGGACGGGGCCAAGAAGGUCAAGGGCCGCAGCCCCAUCUUCGAGGGCAUCAGCGCUGAGAAGGUGCCCGUUUGGAUGAGCCACGGUGACAAGGUCACCGAGAUCCCAGCUGGCUUCAACUCCAUCGCCUACACCUCCAACACCGAGUUCGCCGCCGUGGAAGACCAGACCCGGCACUUCUACGGCGUCCAGUUCCACCCAGAGGUGACGCACACGCCAUCUGGGGCCAUCAUGAUCAAGAACUUUGUGCUCAAGGUAGUGGGCUGCAAAGGCGAGUGGAACAUGCACGACUUCUGCCAGAGGCAAAUUGACAUCAUUAUGAGCAAGAUGCAGGACAAGUACGUGGUGGGCGCCGUGAGUGGCGGUGUCGAUUCCAGCGUUGCAGCAGCGUUGGUCCACAAAGCGAUUGGAGAUCGCUUUCGACCCUUCAUGGUUGACACCGGGCUGCUUCGCAAGGACGAGGCCAAGAUCGUGAAAGAACGGCUGGAGAAGCACAUCCCAGGCCUAAAGUUGAAGGCGGAGCUGAGAGCGAGCGGAUAUCGGUUUGCCGACGAAGCCCAGUUGGUGAGGAAUGAGUCGGCCGGGAAUGAGUCGGCCAAGCCCUCCUUGCGGGCCUUUGAUUUUCGCGGCUUCAGCGACAAGCUGGUGAUCAAACUGACCAAUGGAUCGCAGAUUCGGCACACAUCGCCCUUUCUGGCCAUCCCAGGCCUGGCCCAAAACAACCCGUGCAAGCUGCAGCUCUACGGCGAUGCCAAACGGGUUCUCAUCAGAGAUGUGAAAGAGGUCAAAGCCACCUCGGUAGCCAUGGUUAAGACCAACCUCAUACAGUUUUGCAAGCUUGUUGGUGACACCGUGCUGGCGUGCACGAAACUGGGUCUGGACACAGAGGCUGGGCGCCUGAAGAUGCUGUCCGCGAAGAUGGUUGAGGAGGAGAAGUUCGAAGGCCCGAAGACGCGAGAGGAAGCGGGGCACGAGGAGGAGAGCCCGGUGGCUUUGACCACGGAGGCGCCUGGAUCCCUACCGCGGGCCAGCGAGCUGAAGGAACUUGCGCUCUUUGAUGUCCUGCAGAGCUCCGUGCAGAUGUACUCCUGUAUGGUUUCGGAGGGGGAGGUUCUGGCGGAGGCGCCUGCCAAGAAGGGCAUGUUCGAAUCCGGCUGGAACAAGUUUCGGCGUGGAGUUCAGUCCAUACGGAGUGAUAUGAAAGGUGGCCCCAUCGGGCGAUUGUCCAAGAAGUUGGCUGGUUACACGCACGGCGUGUGCCCUCCCUUCGCCAAGUGCCACUUGUGGCGGGCGCUUCUCGCCUACGCCAUGGCCGGCCGCGAGUCCCAGCCCGAGUCCUGCGAGGUGUUUCUGACGCGGAAGGGGCUGAUGGAGCUGAAGGGCGACCCCACCACCCGCAUCGGCAUGGUGGAUUUGUCCGCUUUGGACCUGGGCGCGAAGCAGCGAAAGGUGCAGCUGGAGGAGACGGGGAAUAGGCAACUCGAGCUGAAGGUGCACAACACCCUGGAAGAGGGCGAGCAGGUGUCGUCGGUGUAUUUGGGCAAGAAGAUCGACUCCAGCACUGCGGACAUCUCCUCCCCAUGGGUUGUGCUGUUGGAGACGCUGCGCGCGCGAGCCAGUCAGUGCCAAGUGGAGAAGGUGGGCGUCUUCAACCUGGGCCUCAAGAAGAGGUGGAAUGGCUUCCAACUCUCGGAGCGCUUGCCCUGGAAGAUGGUGCUCUUCAGCCGUGCUGCCAUCCAGAUCUUCUCGCGCAACGCCCAGGGCCAAGGGCCGACCGCCCACUUCGGCUACGACUUGUACGGGGACCCCCAGGAGAUCGAGCGGCCCUGCCGGUGGAUGCAAAAGGCCAGGGAGCGAGGCUACGAGCCCAGGAGCAGCCUCUUCUUCGCAGAGGGCAUCAACUUUGAGAACGCCGGCUUCAAGGUGAAGUUCCCGAAGUGGCUCUACGCUGGUGACAACCACUCGUUGCUUUGGACGGAUGCGGAGGGCAAGUUCCCACUGCCCGACUGGGUCCGGGGCAUGCGGAAGCUCUGGGACGUGAAUGCCUCGAAACUGCCCUCCUGGCUUAGCUCCUUCUCUGAUGGGCGCAGCCUGAACCACUACAAGGACAAGGCGGCCUUGGACCCCAGAGGCCUGCACUCGGCCCAAGAUGCGCUGCCCGUGUUCUUGGCGCUGCGGCGACUGGGCUGGGCGCCGGAUCCGGUGGUCCGCAUCAGCACCAAGCAGACCGAGAGCCCGCAGAUGUCGGCUCACUUGGUGACCUCGGUGUUCCCCUUCAACAAGAAGCUGUCCGGCCUGCAAUCCCUGCCUACGGACCCCUUGAGGCAUGGGGGCGAAAAUGCCCUGUGGUCGGUCUACGACUACACGGAGUCCUACUUCUUGAACUGCUUCGUGUUGGAAGCCAUGUCUUUGCCCACGGCCGACGACGGGGUCUCCGACCUGGGGGGCGAGCUCACGGCCAGCAUCACGCUCUGUACCAACAGCUGGUCGGAUGAACAGCGCUCGGCGGUGCCAGCAAGCUCAAAGGUUGCCCGGGCGGACAUCAUGGAGGAGCUGAUCGACUUCUUCUCCAGAGAUCGGCCAAGGAACAUGCAGGUUUCCGCAAAGAUCAAGAGCAGCUGCUACAGCGAGGCCGACUGCACAGGCAACACUUGCAUGGGACCAAGCGACUGCAAGGAGAACGAGGACAACCCCUGCCCAGUGGGUUAUGGCUGCGGAUGCGACGCCUCCUCGAACCAAAUGCUUUUUACCGCAGCCUUGGGCGCCUCUAUGCUCACUGAGACGGUGCAGAACACUAUGAUCCUCGGCCCCGCCUUCGUGGCGACUUGCGAAACCAUCGCGCUGGGGGGCGCCGCCUUUACCGGGGGCUUGUCUUUGGGCCUGGUGCCUUUGUGCCCCAUCCUGGCGCCGCUCUUCUUCCUGAUGCUGUCGCCCUUCGGGUCGGAUGUGCUUCUGGCCUUCAUCUUCGCCUCCAUCGUCGGGGGCCUGAACAAGUGCGGCUGCAUACCACUGGAGUGUUCCUCGAGCUCCCUGAUCCAUAACAACGUUUGUGCCUUGCACCACCCCCAAGGGGAGGAGGAGGAGAUGCUGAACCCCUACCACUUUGUCCCCCCGCCCAAGAAGAAGUGUGCCCCGGGGACCAUCGGCUGUUCCCUGCAGCAGUGCAAUGAGACUGAACUGAGCACUGCCGAGAUGGGCUGGCAUGCAGAGGGCGGAAGGCUCUACGGGCGCCAUGUGGGCAUCUACAACUGCAAGGCGGGCCCCUGGAACGCCAGCGACGGCCUGAGCGCCUUUGACCACAAGGCCUUCAUGGAGCAGCACCAGGACUGGGAGGAGCUGAAGGAGAACCUGGUGCCGCAGGUGCAAGCACCCAAGAAGCUCUCCUUCCUGCAGGAGUCGAGUCGAGUCGGGCAGGUUGUCCAGUAA